AUGGUCAACUCCACCCUGGUGACUGAGUUCCUACUGGAAUUUUUUGCUGAGACUUGGGAGCCCAGAAUCCUACUUAGUAUGCUGUUCCUGUUGGUGUAUAUUGGCAGUCUGUUAGGGAACCUUAUCAUCAUCAUUGCUACUACAGUUGACCAUACCCUGAAUACACCCAUGUACUUCUUCCUCAGGAAUCUGUCCAUUUUAGACAUGGGCUAUGUAUCUGUUACUGUGCCAAAUGCUUGUAUCAACUCUCUCACUGAUCACAGGAACAUUUCUGUGGCCGGAUGUGCAGCACAGGUCUUUUUAUUCUUCUUUUGUGCAUGUAUAGAGAUUCAGUUUCUUACCAUCAUGUCCCAGGACCGCUAUGUGGCCAUCUGCAAGCCUCUCCUCUAUGCUGUGAUCAUGAACCAUCAAUUCUGUGUUCAGAUGACACUGGCUUCCUUAUUUAUCUCUCUUGUCCUUGCAAGUGUACACACUUUCAAAACCUUCCAGCUGUCCUUUUGUCACUCUAAUGUAGUCCCUCAGUUCUUCUGUGAUAUCCCCUCUUUGUUGAGGCUUUCUUGCUCUGACACAUUUAGCAACAAACUCUUACUUUUUUUGACUGCCUUUGGGCUCAGUGGUACCUGCUUUGCCUUCAUUGCCAUUUCAUAUGUUCGCAUAUUAUCAGCUGUGUUGAAGGUUCCUGUCAAAAGGGAGCGAGGAAAAGCCUUUUCCACCUGUGUCCCUCACAUUAUUGUCGUGUCUAUGUUUUUUAGUUCUGCUGCCUAUGUGUAUUUAAGACCUCCAGUAGUAACAUUUGAAGUAGUUAAGGAGAUGACUCUUUCUGUGUUUUAUACCAUUGUUCCACCAUUCUUAAAUCCUAUCAUUUAUAGCCUUAGAAACAAACAGAUAAAGGAGGCUGUGAAGAAAGUAAUAUUAAGAAUUUCUUUCAUAUUUAAAUAUAAAAGGAAUGAGUAUUUAUCUGAAUUUUCUAGAGGAAGAAAAUUGACCAAAUAA